AAAAUUGUAAGCAUCUUAUGACCAAUUUAAGAAUGCACAAACAUUACUUAAUGUUUUCUGUCGUGCAGGUAUUGCUCUCAAUUAUGAUAUUAGUGUAUGUAUGAACUUAUAACAUUUAGAUAAUAAUUGACCCAGAAUAAAAUAUUAUAUAUAAUUAAGUCUAAAGGAGAACAUGGUAAUAGAAGCAGAAAUAAUAUUGACAUUAGCAAUGAUGAUAGAUAUUUAUAUUAGAAUAAUUGCAGAAAGAGAAGUAAUUCUAUACAUGUUGAUUAAUAAAGUACUUUUUUAAAGAUUAUUGGAAUAUCAUUGAUUAGUAGCAUUCAUUUUGAUAUUGAUUUUAAUCAGCCUUUAUUACUUAUUUGAAUUGCAUUCGUAACUGAAUAUCAAUAAAGUGAAUUUAGAUCAAUUAAGA